UGCACCGAGCCAGGAAAACACCAGCCCCUUGAAGUGCCCCUGAGCGGGCUGACAAAGCUCGGGGGUCAAUGGCAACAUUGUAUUUGCUGCGUGCCACUGAAUGGUCCGCAGACUCGCGGCCAGGGGACGGGAUUUCCGGAUUUAACUUUUAACACAAUCGAAAAUAUUGAAAGCUUUCCAAAAAGAAAAAGCAAACCAAGGACGACAAAGAAUGCAAGAAUGCAACCCAAGUGGGCGCCCCUCCCCGGGUGCCUGGUCCCUCGGGAGGCGGCCAGGGCGCGCCGUGCGGUUUUUGUUUGUUUGUUGUUUUUUAAUUUAACAUAACACGCCUCCUUUUCAUGCUGCCCCGGAGUGGAGGUGGGGCUGGGGCAGCAGCCCAGGGCCCCGCGCCGGGGCUUCCAGGGACCGGGGUCCGGCUUCCUUCCGGCGCCACUUCUGGGGAGUCCUCAGAGGCGGAGCCCCGCGCGCCGCCUUUGUCUCUCUUCCCGGGGCUGGGCCCCGGCCCCUCCGUCCCGCCCGCGUGCUCCCAGGAGCUGACAUUCAGGAAUUCUGGAGGCUUCCCGGGAUCGAGCUGAGACACCCCCUUCCACACCCACAGACCACCUGGGAUUCUCUACCAGGAAGCUGCCCUGUCUGUCUCCUCUGGGGCUGGUCACCCUGACGCUCAGGACUUAAGAUGUCGUCGUUGGCCAGGCUUCACAGAGGGCAGUAUGGAAGACCUCUGGUAACGAAAAGCAGUAAGCCGUAUAAACCCAUUCUGCCGACUGCUUAUUCUCCCCAAGAGAGCUACUUAAAGGAGGGUGAAGACAUGCUAAGCCGCAUCGAAGAGCUAUGGCGGACCAUGAGCGAUUGUUCCAAGGGGAACGACGAUGACCAGGAGCGAUACUCCCAGUUAGACGAUGCCAGCGGCAGGGACGCCCAGAAGGAGGGCCUGUUCCGGCACUUCUACCAGGCGCUUCAGAAGGACCGCGACCAGAGGAGGCCCUCGGACUGCAUCGUGGUCUCCAUUUUCCAAGAGCAGAGGGAAUACGCCACAGCCGUGGGCCACCGGUUGCAGGAUCAUGGCCUCGUGGUGGAAAUGAUCCACCUCACCACCGAGUCGGGGCUCACGCGCGCGCUCCAGGAAGUCAGAGAGGACGGGUCCCCAUUCUGCAUUCUCGUCGAGCGGUCUAACGUCAAACUUUCCUCUUGCACCGUGAUCCUGCUGCACGAGUCUAUCAAAAUCCACCGCCACAUGCCGCUGGAGGACGCCCUGGCGCUGGUGGGCAGAGAGCACCAGCGGUUCCUCACGCAGCGGGAGCAGCGGGAACGCGCCAGCAUCGCUCUGCGCGCCGGCGACCUGGUGGAUGACUUCCUGGCCCGGGAGUGCCUGAGCAGCCACACCGUUCCCCUGGGCAUCCGGCACCUGCUCUUCCUGCUGACCGAGGGGAAGCAUCUGCACCGCAAUGAGCUGGACCUGCUCAUCGACUACCUGAAGACCAGGAGGGGUCAGCUGGAAGGCCCCGAGACCCCCAGUCCUCUGGCCAGCAGCGACGCCGCUUCCUUCGCAGGCCGGAGCACCCCGCCCGAGGGCAAGCCGCCGCCCCUGCUGCCCACCCCGGGCCAGCGCUCCUACCUGGGCCCGCUGCCCGCCUUCCCCGGGGGCGCGCGCCUGGGCGAGCGGCCGGGAGGAGGCUCUGCUGCGUCCACAGGACUGGCCAACCCCAAAGGCCCGUUGCCCCCGCCCCUGCUGCUGGUGGCCCCCUGCAAGAGGCCUGCCCCUUUGGGGUGUCUCCCGCCUAAGCCCGCCAAGCGCCCCGUGCUGCUCGGGGAGAAACCAGGCCUUUUAGCACCACCUCCAGCGCUUCUGCAGUCGGUCCUGCCCAGGGGGGCCGGGCAGCCCAUGUCUUUGCUGAACUAAGGAGCCGACACCGAGCCAGACCACCUUUGCCCCCUACCCUCCCCCACACGCGCCCGUGGUGCCCCCCCAACCCCCGUGCUGGCUCCCCGCCCCCAUCCCCUCGUCCAGGGCCCAGGGGGGCCCCUUCUGUCAGAUCCACGAGCCCAGGGAACCUCCGGGCGUGUGGAGAGUCCUGAGGCCCGACCACAGUCCGCGUCACGGUUGGCCCUGGGAUCUCAGAGUUGUUCGAGUCUGUCUGUUAAACACAAUAAAAACGUCUAGCUUUUA